GGGGGGGGUCAAUAAUAAUGACGGACCAAUAUGGCGGCAAAACAUUUAGCUAAAGAAGUAAACUAUAACUUCAAAAUCAUGCCUGUAAUUAAUCUGUACGUAAGUAUAUAAUUACCGUGCGAUAAUGUUCAUAUAAAUGGUGAAAGUCUGUCAGUGUGUUCGGCAACACAUUCAGAGUUUAACCGCUAAUUCAUCUGACAACGGACGUAAACGUUAGCUAGCUUAACGUCACAGUUACUGGAAACAGGUUAGUUAGCUGGUUAGCACCGUUCAAUAUGUGGGGCGAAAUUGAACCCCCUGCUAAAACACAACCGAGUUCGUUUGAGAGUGAAAACGAGAGCGAAUUGACGGAAGAACCGGUGACACGCACCCAGAGAUGUGACUUCAGCCGCCCCGCAGACACCGAGCGGCCGCCGCGGGACACCGCGGUGAGAGCAGCAGCAGCAGCAGAACCGGCGUUCGUGAGCAAGGCUGAGUCCACCUGUAUAAACGCCAUGGUGAAGCCAUAGCCAUGAGCGGGAGCCUGGUGAAGAGCCAGCAGAUAGGAGAGGCUGAACUGACCCUGCAGCAGCGCAAAGAGGAGCUACUGCACCAGUACAGGACCAGGCCGCUGGUUUUCCUGGAGCGGUACCAUGCCUGUCUGAAGCCCCAGGACCUGUCAGCGUUUGCCCACGUCAUCUCAGACCCACGAACCCAUCACUACAGCAUAGUGAUACAGAGACGAGCUGCCGCGUGCACCAACAGGACCAGGGUCCGAAACCAGCGCUACGCUGCCCUCAGAGCGCUGCAGAAGGAGGGUCAAUAUUUCAGUGAGGAGCAGAUGCGAAUCAGGGAGCCGCUGUUGUAUGAACAGUAUAUUGGCCAAUACCUGACUGACGAGGAGGUGCUGGAGCGCUCGCAGGAGGCCAUGUUGGACGGUGCACAAGGGGGGGAAGGAGCACCAGCAGGAGGCACGGGAGGGCUCGCUCACCUCCUCCUGAACUCCUACCAGGAGCGUCUCAUCCAGAGUCGUCUGCAGGAGGAGCAGGAGAGAGAGGACUGCCAACAAGAAGAGGACGAGGAUGAGGAAGAUGGUGACAAUAGAGUCCAGGAGAAGGAAUGGGAGCCCACCCCCGAGGAGAAGGCUCUGCUCAGGGAGGAGUUCAUCAGUCAGAUGCACCAGCGCUUCCUAGAUGGCAAAGACAAAGACUUCAACUACAGCGAGGUGGAUGAGAACCCAGACUACGACAACUUGGACAUUGUCAGCAGAGACGCAGAGGAUAAAUACUUUGAUGAAGAUGAUGAGGAGGAGGAAGAAGAAGAAGAUAUGACAGAGUAGCAGCUGUAGCAGUGGUUAAGCUCUCAGAUUGAUCUGUAAAUACAAAUGUACAAAAUAAGGACCUGUAUUGUGUUUUUUAGUGUUUGUUACACCUGGAUGCAAACAUGGUAAUAAAUAUACUGACUUUCGGUA